AUGAAAUAUUGCAUUCGGUGGAAUAAUUUUACAUCUGUUGCACAUGAGCUUCUUAGCGAUUGUAUUAAUGGAGGUGAAAAAUGGUUGUAUACAGAUGCUAUUAAACAAAAUAUCUCUCCUACUGAAGUUCUCACAUGGAGUUCAAGUAUUGAAUAUGCAGAUGAUUAUGCUCAUUUUUACUACAAUAAUCAAUCAGAUUCUAAUGAUAAAUUCCUUUGUAAUUGUACUCAACAAGGAACAUUCGGUCCAAGAUGUGAAUUUGAAUUACUUCACGAAACAAUAACAUUUGAAGAUGCAAUUAAAUCUCAGUUUGCAAAGAAAAAACAAGAUCGUUGGGGUAUACAACGGUAUGGAGAUAUUCUUUGCUAUAAUACUGUUUUCAAAUGUGAUUAUGGACUUCUUUGUCUUGAUUGGAGAAAUAUUUGUGAUGGCGAACAACAAUGUAUGAAUGGAACAGAUGAAGAAAAUUGUGAUUUAUUGGAAUUUAACGAGUGUGAGGAUGAUGAAUAUCGAUGUGCAAAUGGAAUGUGUAUCAAUGAACAAUAUUGGCUUGAUGGUGAGUUAGAUUGUAUGGAUCGAACCGAUGAAACUGUUAAUGCCGAUGAUGUGUUUUGUCCUCAUGCACCAGGUUCUAUUGAAUGUGAAGAAAGUGUCUGUAUUCGUAGUCGAUGGUCUUGUGGUGAUGGACAAUGUCUUAGGGGUUUUUAUCGUUUAAGUGAUAUGGGAUUCAUAUAUAGUUACUGUGAAAGUAUGCGUGAAUUUAAUUAUAUGUGUGAAAUUCAUCCAGUAGAACGACUUUGGACACGACCGAAUGGGUUAUGUUGGGAUCUAGUAGGAUUUAAUGACUCACAUGAUAUGAAUAAUGAAAAUUUAACGAACACUUCAAAAUGUAUCUAUUUGAUUCGAUGUGCAUUAUCUGAAGGAUUCGAGCGAGAUUGUCCUUGUGAUGGCCAAAACUGUUCGGCAGUAAUGGGUGAUGUAUGCGAAACAGGUUCUGAAUAUAGAUAUCCGGAUGGAUCUUUGAUCCGACCAUAUAUCAACCGAUAUUAUAGAUGGGAUCAAUUGUGGAGCGAUAAGCAGCCGUCUGUAAUUUAUCUAGAGGGUAGUAUUAAAUGUCGAGGAUUUUAUGGUAGAACAGAAGGAAAAAUAUUACUUGAUGAAAAGGAUCUCUACAAACUUACAGGAUUUCCAUUGAUUGAUUUCAUUUUUUGUAAUAAUGAAAAUAUUGUUCGCGAUCAUGAAUCAUCUAUACAGUAUCAUAAAUCAUGUUGGAAUGAAUCACGUACAUGGAAUGGGCGACAAUAUGCAUUUUUUGAUAUUUGCACUGAAUCACAUGAAUGUAUUUCACAAUAUAGAAUAGGUGAUGAAUAUUCUGAUUGCGGCGAAAAGGAGAUCGAUUCUAUAAUCAAUCGAGGUUUGUGUGCAAAUGUUGAAAAACACCGAUUUCAAUGUGACGAUGGGGCAUUAGCUUGCUUAUCAGUCACAGGAAUUGGUAACAAAUGGGAAGACUGCAAAAAUGGACAUGAUGAAUUUAUUGAGGGUCUAGGUGAUGCACUUUCUGAAGUCAAAUGUCAACAGCAAGAUACUGAUGGUUGUCAUUUUUUGAAAGAAUAUAGUGAUCAUCAUUCUCGUAGCAACAUCACAAAUACUUCUUCAGAUGAUAUGCUACAGAAAAUGACGUUUCCAUUCAAUUCAUAUUGUGAUACUAUCUGGAAUUUCCAAUUACAUUUUGAUGAACUACCAGAGCACUGUAAUAAAUGGAUAUGUCAUCGUCAUCAGUAUCAGUGUCAAACAGGCCAAUGCAUACCAAUAGACUGGCUAUGUGAUGGAGAAUGGGAUUGUCCGGAUGCUUCAGAUGAACAAGCAAUAGACCUUAAUUCUCAACGUCUUUCUCAUAAUAUACGUCUAUCUGACUUCAAAAAACGUAGUACCAAAUGUCAAAAAGAAUAUGCAAAAAUGCAGCCAUUCAUGAACAAGUGUAAUGUAUCAAUAGAGUUUCCUUGUUUUCUAGCUAAUGUAACAGAUCCAUUAGAUAUCAACACAUAUCGCCCAUGUGUUAAUCUUACACAAAU